GAGGUUUACGCGAGACACCAGAUCUUCGUGAUAAAAGAGCCGUUUCUGAGCGAUAUUUUCCGAUUUAAAUUCCGAGAGUUUGUACAAUGCUUCGACACGUACGUCAACAAUAUGUCUGGAGGAUGUUCUGCAGGAAAAACGAUGCAGAAAAAACUACAGUAUCUGAAGGAGGGCUACGAGACGAAGUUCACUGAUCUGAAGGAGAGGAUUCUGGAAGACAUGAAGUCUUGCGUCCAGAGAGACGGCAUAGGUACCCCUAUGUAUCGAAAAACAGUCGUACAGAUGGGAGACAUGUACAGAAAAGAAAUGGAUGGACUGAUUGCUGAAUUUCGCGUCAAAUGCUCUGACGUCACAGCCGAGUUUAAGAAAAACAAAUAUGGGGAACGUGAAAAUCCCAUCCGGGAGAAAACUCCCACUUCUGAGAAACUUGAUGUGGAGCUUAAAAGACUGUUGGAUUACUACUGGAAAAAUGUUGUUACACCGUUACUCCGCAAGUUCCAUUUCUAUUUAGAGGAAACUCUCUGUUUGACCUUUCGGGCGCCCUCUGUCGAGGGGCAACAUGUUGAGGAGGUGUUGCACUCACUACAGAUUGCCAAGCGGCGCUUUGGGGACGCCCUUUGGCACGCUCGACGGGACUCUAAGCGCCAUAUGUUGGAGGCGUUUCAACAUACUAGCCCAGGUUCUCCUGAAUUUUCCCAAGCAGCAUCGGACAUCUUGGAGGAGUGGCAGGAGAACAUGACGCCGCACAUGAGAAGAUUCACAGAGGAACUGAGCGAUGUCGACUCUGAAAUUGAAAGACUUUACGUCCAGAAAAGACUUCAUAGGGAGAAAAUGCCGAAAGAUGACUGGGUUGACGUAGGCAACAUUCGCAUUGGGAAGAUAUUCGACAACGUCAUUUCCCCGCUAACAGUCGAUUACGGGUCUUGCCUCGAGGACCUGAGCGAACUUGAUUGCGCAGACGACACGGCAGAGGGCAAGUUCAAGGUAGAGGCUUUUUUGAAACUAAAGAACAUCCGGAAAAAACUGGAGGAGACCGUCUUCCGACUGAAAUCGAGCCUCAAGUUGGAUACGGUGAAAGAAAAACUUAGCACGGAAGACCUCGGCAAUCUGAUCGAAAGGUACUGUCAAAAAUUGAGGCCCUUUGCGAAAGAGUUCAAGAGUCAAAUGAGACAAAUUAACAAGAAGAUGGAAGACAUCAAUAAAAACCAUGGACUUCAUGGACGGCGGGAGUGGUCGACGGGUUCAUCGUCUCCUUGGCACUUCAAAAUGAAGGACGAGCUAGCUGAAGUCUUGACCAGCAUUCCAAAAAUUCUCGAUAUCAAAAAUGUCAAUAUCACAGAACCGUACUUGGACGACAUGUUUCGCCAGUGUUACAGAAGAUGGGUCGUAGAUUUUAAUAAUAUAGUUAGCCAACUUCUUCAAUUGAAAGUUGAAUCUGCUGAUGAUAUAAAGCGGGAAGACGCUCUGGCGGGUCUCAAGGAUUGUAUCCGAGAAUUUGGAGAGCAAUUAAAAUAUGCCAAAGAGGAAACUUUUCAUUCACUCACUCCAAUUGACGAAAAUUCUGAGGAGUAUGAAAAGUGUGUCCGCGAGUUAAUUGAAAAGACGCAAAGAAAACUCAAUGAUCUUCACAAUGGGUUGAAUUCUAAGCUAUAUACUAUCAGAAAACCUCUUUUCAACAGCAGUAAACCCAUCAAAUCCAUUCUCUUUGAAACGCAGCCCCAUGAUGAUUUAACCAAUUUGCUUCGCGAGUAUUGGAGAAUAAAUGUUAUACCAUUAGUUCAAAAGUAUCAUGGACUUUUGGAAGAUAUUAUUUGUCUGCCAGAAGAGACGGACAGAUCACAGACGAAUAAUAUUACGCAUACAUUAAAAUUAGGAAAACGCAAACUCGGUGACUUAUUGUGGAAUGCGCGGCUAGUUGCGUUAAAUGAUAUGUCUAUUGCGUGCCGGAAAAGUGAGACCGAAUCAGAGGAAAAUUCAUCGCAUAGUACUGAACUUGAUAAAUAUUCAUCUCACGGUAUCAAUCUUCAAGAAUAUGUAUCCACAGAGAAGGAAAUUUUUGAGGAUUUCCGGGGAAAUGUUGAGCCCAGCCUCAAAACGUUUGGUGAUGAGCUUGAGAGAAAUAAUGGAGCCUUACAAGAUAUCUACAAGCGCAUGAAUUUUGAUCAACCUUCAAGACUUCAACUUGGAUUAGAACCAAAAUCGUACGUUUUGUCGACCCUAAAUGACUCGAGACUCAUGAAAAUCUUUGACACGCCGAUUUCUAUCCUAAUUUUGGAGUAUGAUGAUAAUUUGGAGGAAUUGUGCAAACUUCAGGCGAAUGAUAACUCUCACAAAAACUCGAGUAAAAACAUUUUGGAUAGGCUUAAGAGAACUCGCGAUUUUUUUCGGAACGCCAUCAACACUGCCAUGAAAAAGUUUAAAGAUAAACUAGAUAAAAUAAAGAUUAAAUCUAAUGGGAUUCGUGAUCUUAUCGUGGAAAUGAAAGGCGAUCUUUUGAGUCACACGAACGAAUUUAAGACGCAUCUGAAUGAAAUUAAUAAUCAUUUGGCGUCAUUUUACCAUGGAAAAGUUCCAAUUCUUCCGAAAAUCAAUGUUUGUUGGUCACCUUGGCAACUUCCAUCAGCCCAAAUAAAUAAUAUGCCUCCCAAUGACCGCAACAAUGUAACUCCAGAAAAUAAACAGCCUUUGAGCCAAAAUAUACCCUCUUCAGGAACUUCAAGGGGGAAGUAUAUGUUCAAGGGAAGCAUGAUUCAAGAACCUGAAAUUUAUGACUGCUUCCAAGUGAGGUACUGGAAAAGUAUUGAUGACUUUGAUACUAUUCUAUGCCGAAUGGAAAGUGUAGAAUGUCAGCGUGAAUCAUCGCUGUACAUGAUAAAAAAAGACACAAUGAUGCGGCUUGUUUCACUGCGAAAUGACUAUCAGAAAGAUGAUGUUGGUUUGCGGAAACUGGCAGAUGCUGAUGUUGGAGCGCUCGGUGAAAAGUAUGCGGUAGGAUCAGACAGAUACCGAAAAUUGCUGCCAAAAAUUCGUGAAAAGUACGAAAAGAGGCUGACCGAAGUACAAAAAAUGCUUUAUUCAAAGCUAGCUCGCUUUAAGGAUACAGUGAAAGAAAAAUUCCCGGAAGUAUCAUCAAAUAGAGUUCAUCAAGAGCAUCAUUUAUCAAAAUUGAAUGAAUAUCUUACGUAUUUGCUGAGUUAUUACUGGCGAGAGGAUAUAUUACCAAGGGUAUGCAAGUACUUGAAUUAUUUAGAAGAGAUCAAUCAUCUAAAUUUUAAUAGCCCGAAGGGAGAAACUGAGAUAAUAUACAGACUCCUUCGAGCCCUUCAAAUGGCAAAGCGUCUAUUAGGGGAUGAAAUUAUGUCCCAACGCCGUUCCGUUUUAAGAACACUGGUAAACAAUCAGAAUAAACUUGGUAGAAAUUCCCUCGAAUACGUCAAAAUUCUGGAAAGAAUGAAAAACACUUGGCGAAGGAAUAUGGCACCAAGGAUGAAGUGUUUUGAUAACACGCUAUCUACAGUCAAAAAGGAGCUCAAACAAUUUUGUCGAGAAGAUCUCAAAUCAUCCUUUGACAAAAGGUUAGAAGUCGAUUAUAAUCGUUUGAGUAAAUUUUUUGAUGAUAAUGUAAUAACCCUUUUGAUCGACUGUGAUUACAUUUUGGAAACUCUUCCUGACUUUGCCUUUGAUACACAAAUUUCUCAGAGUCGAAUUAGGUCAGAAUUCCUGCUACCACUACGGCAGAUGAUGGAGAACUUUUGGAGGGAGUGUGAUAAAUUAAACAAUAAACUCAACACUGAUCACGCACACAAUUUCACCACUCGAAUAAUGUUUGAGAAAGUUUAUGAUGACUAUUCAUCGAAAGUAGCAGCGUUGACUGCUGCCUCAAGAUUAACUUUAAAUGAAAUAAAGAAUUCACUACGUAAGUUAAGAGGAAAAGAACACCCGACGUUUGAGGAAACUACGUCAAAAGUGUGGCUCCCUCCUUCAAAAUAUAUACCAUUGUUACCUUCUCGUGAUACCCAAAAUGUGUCUCACGGAUAUUUUAAAGGAGGGCCAACAAUGGAUCAAUCAAAAAACUCUAAAAACCAGUACCUCGUCACAGGUAACACUUCAAAAAUAAAGAAAUUGUCUGGAAAUGAAUUCAAUCCUAAACAUAAGGCACAGGCGGUUUUGAAACCCAAAGAGCGUGUGGCAAAGAAAAUAUUCAAUGACAUUCCUAUUUUUGUCGAGCCUAGAUUAGAUGACGUGUUCCGACAUUGUUACAGGGAGAACGUUAAAUACUUAGAAUCUUUCCUUAGUGGUCUCAAGGAUAUCCAAUGCAAAAAAAAUACGCCACAGUACGAGGCGAUUCAACUCGCGAUGAAUAAUUUGAGCAAGGUGUUCAUCUAUUUCACGAAAACAUUAGCAAAUAUGAAGGAAACAGCUGCCAUCGAUUUGUCUAAAAUCCUGAAUAACUGCAAACCCAAUUCUCGAGACUACUGGCAACAGGUGUCACGGCUUCUAGAUGAAUAUAAAAAACAUCUUAAAAAUGUAGAAGAUGAUUUUAAAUCCCAAAUGAAAUCUCUUGAAAGUGAUACAUGGGGUGUACAUCACAAAAGUGAUUCAAAAGGAUCAGAAUCAGAUCGACAUAACGGUUUGGGUAACAUCGAAUUCAACGAACUUUUGAGUUCUAUUUUAACCGUGGAAUUAGCACCAUUACUCCAAUCCCUUCAAUGCUGGCAAGAGGAAAUGCUAAUAUUCAUGACACUUGAAAAAUCAAACAUGAAUAAUACCCUUUACCCAUUAUUUAUAGAACUACUUCGAGAAAAACGUCGUCUCAGUGAUUACCUAUGGCAAGAAAUGCAUGACUUUUUCAAAGAACCAGGACGCUAUAGGGCCAAUAAUCAUGAAAACUAUGAUGAGCACAGUCAUAUCUAUGCUGACUUAUUAAAUGCAUUGAGGAGAAAAAUGUCCAAAUUCAUUUUUAAAUUCAAGGAUAAAAUGGCUCGUAUUGAAAAAGAUUUCUCAAAAAUCCUGACGCGUGGUGAUAUUGAACGAAGUAGGUUCUUAAAGCUCAGGGAAAUGAACAUUCAAGAUGACCGAUUCGAAGAGAUUUUUGAAAACGCUAUUUUUGUGUCUUUGGUCGAAUGUGAUGGUACAUUGGAAAGCCUCGGCGCAAUAGUUUUCAACGAUGAAAGUUCCGGGUGUGAACUUCUUGAAAAAUUCGUAUUAAGUCACGAUAAUUUCAUAAAAGAGUUAGAGCGUUUGAAAUCCGAGCUGCAGCGUAAAUGUAAUAACAAAAAACGAAAGGAUCUGCUUAAAAUCAAAAGUGUUUACAACUGUAUGAUUGAUAAUUUGUUACAAAACUUCCAAGUGGAUUUGUAUCAUAUUGGAAGCUCGAUUAGAGCUCUUAAUAAGAAAUUAUGCAUCCCAGAGAGCCCGUAUUUAUCAUCGAAGUAUUUGAUGCCUUGGUGCUCUGCAGGCGAAACAGGUACGGGUCGAAAGCUUCUCAGUUCACCGACGAGUGUCAAUCAACAUGGCAUGCACGAAGAAACGACAUCGGAGGAGAAAAAUUUUCCAGAAAAAUAUGCGCGUGUUUUGGGAAGUGCGUCCGAGAAGUCGCACCCUAAAAAUCAAUCUUCAACACUGGAAUCUCACACUUCAAACCAGGUCGAGUUUUCGGAGCCGUUCAUCAGCGAUACUUUUCAAGAUGACUAUAGGGUUGCACUUACCAGUUACGAUAAAAUAAUAAAGUUUUUAAGAAGGCUCGACUCAAUCUCCGAGCAUUCUGUCAAAGAUUCCCUCGAUCUGGUGGAGACUGCUUUCAAAGAAUAUAAGCGAAAAUCCUUCAUCCUGAAAGAUAAAAUAGCGGCUAAGCUGAUCGAGGUUUGCCAAUCAUUGGAGGUUGACUCACAAGAAUACAGAAGCAAAAUUUCUGCUCUUUUGAAGGAGAUCAAAGAGAAACUAAAAAUUAUUCACGACACUUUUGACAAAGAGUUACAUGAGGUUCGAGAGCCAGUUAAAUCAAAUCCGUCAGUUUCAACUGGGAGUAAAUCCGAUAAUCUCCUUUCCAAAGUCGAUUCAGAACUGACAAAUCUCCUCAGCAUCUAUUGGAAAACUGACAUUCUUCCAAGAAUCCUUAGAUUUCAUCGAUGUUUGGAGGGGAUCAAUACCUUGAUACUCAAAUUGAACCCACCUGACCUGAAAGACAUCUACAAGUUGCUGCGAUCCUUGCAGGCGGCUAAAAGGAAAUACGGUGACGUUCUAUGGCAUGCAAGACGAGAAUUUAUCAAAGAAGUGGAGAACAAGAUGAAAGUGGUCCCCACUUUGGAGUAUUCGAGUACUUUCGACAAGAUAAAAACAUCGUGGCGAAAUAAACUGACGCUGGAGCUGAGCGGAUUCUCACGCGAGCUCGAGGGGACAGAGAAGUCACUGGACGAAGUUUACCGACGGCGUAACAUCGAGAAACCAGCGUCUGCAACAUCGAUUAAGGUAGAAGCCAGCAUGUUCCGGCUGGACAACAAGCGACUCGGGAGAGCCUUCUGCGACGCGUUUUCGGUGUUAAUCGUCGAGUACGACUGCAGGCUGGACGAUCUGAGCAAACUCAUCCUGGAUGCAAACAGCACUGAAUGGCGAUCCAAGUCGGACGCUUUCUGUAAACUCCUCAAUGCUUGGUCGGGCCUCUUCUCGUCCAUCCUCAAGAUCAAAGAAGAACUCAUCGAUACCGCAAAUCCCAACUCGACCUCGAUCUUGGAAUCAGCGAAGCUUUUCCGGUCUAAACUCAAAGCGCCGUUGGCUGCAUUCCGGUCCUUACUUAUCAGUGUCGAUUCUACCCUCGGAGGUCUUGCCGCCAAGCUGGGUCUUUGUUUCCGACAGUAUUCCACGAGCGUCCCUCUUUCACCUUGGCGAAUUCGAAUCCAAACGGACGAGAUGCAAACCGACAGUUCGGAUGUCAUCAAAGCCGUUGCAAAUACAAUGUUGUAGAGAGAGAGAGAGACAAUGUAUGUAAGAGACCUUAACAGGGCUGGAUUAACGAUUUUACCGCUGUGGACACGCGGAAAUUCCCCCCCCCCUCCCAAAAAAUAUGGAAAAUCUGACCACUGUAAGAUGCAAUUUCAGCCCAUUUUUUACUUAAAAAUUUCCAAAAAUGAGGCUGUAAUUUUUUUAGCUUUUAAUCCAAGUUUUACUAUGGGUUUAUUGUUUAAUCAAGAACUUAAUUUUAGAUGAUUUUAAAGAAUAAACUCAUUUGUGUAUAGGGAUGUUGUCACCAUCGCAAACUUAUAACUAAACGAAUCGAACACAAUAAAACUAUGGCAUUUUACUCGGUAAAACACGAACGCGUUUCGAAAAUAACGAGCGAUAAAUAAACUAAAUUGAACCAAAUUCACUAGGCCCCCGGUGGCGGCACGCGGCAGACGUACAGGUGUUUACAAAACAAUACGGGAGUCAGUCAACUGCCAAAACAAAUCACUGCUCCAGACAGGGACUUGGUACUGAGAGAGGGGUGAGGGGAGCGGCGGCGAGGCGCUUGCGCGUGCUGAAAAUCGUGUCAGGUGGCGCGGCGCAAGGAGGUGGUGCGAAGAUACAACAGUGCUUGCGGUCGCGAAAAUUUGCCGCUGUACGACACAGCCCUUCUCCUGCUGACGAGACUGCCAUUUCCUUUGGGACCGUCCAUAAAUUACGUCACCUAUUUGUCCGAUUUCUUGAUCCCACCCUCCACCCCAGGCGAGUGACGUAAUGUUUUGGACGGCCUCUUCUCUCUAAUUUAAGUUAUAUUUUCCGGUCAAAUUUUCAGGGGCGGCACUUUUUUUUUUUUUUUUUUUUUUUUUUUUUUUUUUUU